AUGACUCUUAUUUAGGAGAAGGCUCCUAAGGCUAUUAAAUCUAUCAACCUUGAUUUAUUGACAGGCAAAAUUGUUGCUUGUGAUGCUAGUAUGGCAAUAUAUUAGUUCUUGAUCGCAACUCAAACAAUGAAACAAGGAAUGGGAAUCGGUGAAUUGCGCGAUUCAGAGGGAAAUCUGACUGGGCAUUUGGUGGGACUCUUCCAUCGAACUAUCUAAUUCAUGGAGAACGGAGUGAAACCCAUUUGGGUUUUUGAUGGAAAGCCACCUGAACUAAAGUCUUACGUACUCGAUUAAAGAAAGGAGAACAAAGAGAAGGCUGAAGAAGAGAAAUAGACAUUAAUUGACGCGGGAGAUUUAGAGGGCGCCAAGAGAAUGGCUGGCAGAUCAGUAAGAGUUACCCCAGAAAUGAUGGAAGAUGCAAAGAAAUUACUUAGAAUGAUGGGAACACCAGUGAUUGAAGCUCCAGGAGAAGCUGAAGCAUAAUGUGCUAUAAUUGUGAAACUUGGUUUGGCAUAUGCAACAGCUAGUGAGGAUAUGGACUCUCUUACUUUUGGCACCAAUGUGCUUUUAAGAGGUUUCAACAGUAAGAAAGAACCAAUCAUCCAAAUUGAACUAGACUAAGUCCUCCAAGGAUUCUAAUUAGAUCAAGAAUAGUUCAUUGACCUUUGUAUCCUUUGCGGAUGUGAUUACACCACUAAUAUUCCAGGAGUCGGCCCAGUUAAGGCGUUCAAGUACAUCAGUGAGGAGGGAGGCACCAUUGAAAAUGUCAUAAAGAGAAUUGAGAAAGAAAAUGAUGAUCCCAAGAAAAAGAAGAAGUACACAAUCCCAGAGACUUUUUACUUCAAAGAAGCUAGAGAAUUAUUCAAGAUUCCAUCUGCUAUUCAUGAUAAAGCAGUAUUGGAGCCUUAGAUGAAAUGGAACAAGCCUGAUGAGGAGGCCCUUAAGGAAUUUCUAGUUGAGAGAAAAGGUUUCUAGGAUAUCAAAGUGGAGAACGGUAUUAAGAAACUCAAGGCAACAGCAGGAAAGACUAAUUAAGCCAGAUUAGACUGUUUCUUCAAGGCAGGAGCUCCUAAGACCUCUACCACAUCUAGUAAAGAUAAAAAGCCAGCCACUAAAUAGACGGGAGGACUCUAGUUUAAUAAUAAGAAGAGCAUGCCAGCUAAGGCAAAAUGA